CGUACGCGUCUAUUGGCUGCGCUGCGCUCGUGGCUCUGCCUUCUCCUCAGACCGUCUUCAGUCCAGGGCGGGGCGGACUGACUCUCCACCAAACUGAAUUAGCCUACAACCGGCUGACGAAAAAAAAAAAGAAAAAAAAAAAAAAACUUGCCCCGGGUCGGUCCAUGGAGCAGUGUGGGAAUGCUCCGUCCGUAGGAGGGAGGCUGCUGUGAUCCGGAGUGACCGGACCGAACCGCUCCGGCUCCGGAUCGCCUUCCAAACAUCUGCGUCCUGGAGGGGGGGAGAGAGAGAAAAAAAAGACACAAGUGCGUUUAUCCGCUGUCAGGAUGAUGUGACAGAUCACUUUACCUGCCGCCCGCGGAAACAUCUGUGAAUCCGGAUUCGCCCUCGCCGCUGGAGAGCCCCCGCGCCGGCUGCUGGAAGGCUGGCAGGCCUGGGGUGGGACAGAGAACAUGGCUGAACCACGGCGGGAAAGCACCAGCAGCCUGCAGAGGAAGAAGCCUCCGUGGCUCCGGCUGGACAUUCCCACGGCUCAGAUGUCGCUCGACGAGCCUCCCACUUUUGUCCAGCCGAUGAAGAGGCAGGGCUUCCUGCGCAGCAUCAGCAUGCCCGUGGAGACGUCCCACCUCCAGUCUCCGCCCCGUGACCUGUUUGACACCCGGCGGCCCGUCUUACAGCGCCAGUCAUCCAUCACUCAGACCAUUAAAAGCAGCAGGAGGGUUCACUUUGAGAGGAUUAACACGGUGCCCAUAAAGGGGCAGCGGGCUGCGCGGCGCAGCACCCGGAAGCACCACUCGCUCUCCAGAACUCUGCUCAGGGGAACGGCGGACUGGUUUGGGGUCAGCAAGGAUGGCGACGCCACCCAGAAAUGGCAGAGGAAAAGUCUGCGGCACUGCAGCCUGCGCUACGGGAAGCUGAAGCCGCAGGUGCUCCGAGAGAUGGACCUACCCAGCCAGGACAACAUCUCCUUAACCAGCACCGAGACCCCGCCUCCCCUCUACGUCCCUUCCUCCCAGCAUGGCAUGCAGAAGAUCGUGGACCCACUGGCACGAGGGCGAGCGUUUCGCAUGGUGGAGGAGGUGGACGGCUACAGCGUGCCUCAGACCCCCAUCACCCCCGGAGCUGCCUCCAUUUGCUCCUUCACCAGCUCCCGCUCAGGUCUCAACAGACUGCCUCGCCGACGCAAGAGAGAGUCCGUGGCCAAAAUGAGCUUCAGGGCCGCAGCUGCACUGGUCAAGGGACGCUCGCUACGGGAGAGCACACUAAGACGGGCACAGAGACGAAGCUUCACCCCGGCCAGCUUCAUGGAGGAGGACGUGGUAGACUUCCCCGAUGAGCUGGACACAUCUUUCUUUGCCAGAGAUAUCCUGAUGCACGAGGAACUGUCCACGUACACGGACGAGGUAUUCGAGUCUCCGUCUGAGGCGGCCUUGAAGGAGGCGGAGCCCGGCGACAAGAAGGAUGAGACGGAGCUGACAGGCAGUGCCCUAGAUAAGACGGAGCUGGAGAGGACUCACCUCAUGCUGCCUCUGGAGCGAGGCUGGCGUAAAGCCAAAGAAGGGACUCCGGGACCGCCCAAGGUGCCCCUGCGGCAGGAGGUGGUGAGCGUGAACGGGCAGCGGCGCGGCCAGCGCAUCGUCGUUCCCGUCAAGAAGCUUUUCGCCCGGGAGAAGAGGCCCUACGGGCUGGGCAUGGUGGGGAAGCUGACCAACCGCACCUACCGCAAGCGCAUCGACAGCUACGUCAAGAGGCAGAUAGAGGAUAUGGAUGACCACAGGCCUUUUUUUACAUACUGGAUCACCUUUGUCCAUCUGCUCAUCACUAUCUUGGCUGUGUGCAUCUACGGUAUCGCGCCGGUGGGCUUCUCCCAGCAUGAGACGGUUGAUUCUGUUUUAAGAAACAAAGGUGUGUAUGAAAAUGUCAAGUUCGUACAGCAGGAGAACUUCUGGAUCGGGCCCAGUUCGGAAGCCCUGAUCCAUUUGGGGGCCAAAUAUUCUCCAUGCAUGCGGCAAGACAAGCAGGUGCAUGAUCUUAUCAGGGAAAAGAGAGCGAUCGAACGCAACUCUGCCUGCUGCGUGCGCAACGAUCGCUCAGGCUGCGUCCAGACCUCAGAGGAGGAGUGCUCGAGCACUCUCGCCGUUUGGGUGAAGUGGCCGAGGCACUCCAGCACCCCUCAGCUAAAUGAAAAAGACCGACAGUACGGCUCGGUGUGCCACCAGGAUCCCAGGAUAUGUUUAGAGCCCGCCUCGGUGUCACCUCAUGAGUGGCCGGAUGAUAUCACGAAGUGGCCAAUUUGUACAAGGUACAACACAGGGAACCAUACCAACCUGCCUCAUAUAGACUGUACCAUCACGGGCCGACCCUGCUGCAUCGGAACCAAGGGGAGGUGUGAAAUCACGUCCCGGGAAUAUUGUGACUUCAUGAUGGGCUACUUUCACGAGGAGGCGACUCUUUGUUCGCAAGUUCACUGCAUGGACGACGUCUGUGGACUGCUGCCUUUCCUCAACCCCGAGAUCCCAGAUCAGUUCUACCGGCUGUGGCUCUCACUUUUCCUGCAUGCUGGAAUCCUUCACUGUCUGGUGUCGGUGGCUUUCCAGAUGACCAUCCUGAGGGACCUGGAGAAGCUGGCAGGCUGGCUGCGCAUUUCCAUCAUUUACAUCCUCAGCGGCAUCACCGGCAACCUGGCUUCGGCCAUCUUUCUGCCCUACAGAGCAGAGGUGGGUCCGGCCGGCUGUCAGUUCGGGAUCCUGGCCUGCUUGUUUGUGGAGCUGUUUCAGAGCUGGCAGAUCCUGGCGCAGCCCUGGAGAGCCUUCACCAAGCUGCUGUGUGUGGUGCUCUUCCUCUUCGCCUUCGGGCUGCUGCCCUGGAUCGACAAUUUCGCCCACAUCUGCGGCUUCAUAUCCGGCUUCUUCCUGUCGUUCGCCUUCCUGCCCUACAUCAGCUUCGGCCGCAUGGACCUGUACCGCAAACGCUGCCAGAUCAUCGUCUUCCUGCUGGUGUUUGUCGGGCUGUUCUCGGGCCUGGUGGUGCUCUUCUACGUCUACCCCAUCAAGUGCGAGUGGUGCGAGCUGCUCACCUGCAUCCCCUUCACGGACAAGUUCUGCGAGAAGUACGACCUCAACGCUCACCUCCACUGAGGUCAGGCCGAAGAGACGUGGACUGGCUUCUCCUCUCUCUGUGACUAUACGGUUGUGUGUGUGUUUUCUGUUUUUUUUUUUUUUUUUACUCUGUCGAUAUGAAUAUGUGUACCACUCCUCAUAAGAACAUCCUUUAAUUCACCCGAAGUCCUUGUCACUCCUUCACUGUCCAGUGAAACGAAGCUACGGCGCAUCUGAAGCUCGUCAAAGCGCCCAGAGAAGCCAGUGCUGGUACAACGAGAAGGAUUCUUCUUACACUCACACUCCAGACAUAGGUUUUAUUAUUAUCAUUGUUAUUCAGGCAACCUCAUACAGAAGCAGGGACAAUAAAAAAAAAAUCAGAUAUUGAUGCCUUUGGUGCCUUGUUGAUAAAUGUACCAACUACUGCCAUAUUUUUGUUACAGUAUGCUGAGCACUCGAAUGUUUUCUUUAAUUUGUUUUAUUGCUUCUCGAGAAGUGAUCGAUGUUUUGAACACGGUAGUGUUUUAGCUACCUGUCUACUCACAUGUAACUGAAAACAAGAGUAAAAAGAUUAAAAAAAAAAAAAAU